AUGAUUAAGGUUAUUCAAAUCAACCUUAACCACUGCUGGACUGCCCAGCAGUUACUCAUGCAAACCAUCUCAGAGCGCGGCAUCGAUGUCACCAUCAUUAGCGACUACUACAAGGAAAUUGGGGACGACCAACAAUGGGCGUCUAGCGCAGACAGCAAAUGUGCCAUAUACAUCCCAACCAGAUCAGCAGCGUCCAUAUCCGACCGCGGCUCCGGGAACGGCUUCGCCUGGACCAAAGUCGUAAGGAUCCUGUACUACAGCUGCUACAUUACUCCGAACUGUACGCUUCAAGAAUUCGAUCAGUUCCUUGUCGGACUUGAAGCCUCGAUCCGCGGUCAAUCCGGCCCAGAAGCGGACCUCAUCGUGGCAGGGCACUUCAACAGUCACUCGGCCGAGUGGGGCUCCACCACUGCUGAUGCGCGAGGAGCGCUACUCUCCGACUUCGCAUCGGCGCUGGGCCUCGAUGUGUGCAACGAGGGACUCACGCCCACCUACAGGAGAGUCAACGCCGCCUUGGUAAUAGAUGUGACCUUUGCACGUCCCCUGCAAGGGAGACGCCAUCUGGUUCACGACUGGUCUGUCCUUGCCGAUCAGCACACAGCAAGUGAUCACGAUUACAUAGAAUUCACUGUAACUCAAUCGGGCACACCACGACCCCGCACUUCUACUCGCUCAACGCAGAGUCACGGCUGGUCAGUGAAGAAACUCUCGAUAGAAAAGAUCCAAGAACAUUGGAAUCAAGCCAGCCUCCCGCACUUCCACGACAAUGCGACGGCAAAGGAACAUGCGGAACGGCUCACCGGCUACCUGGAAACGGCCUGUAACGCAGCCAUGCCCCACAGAACCAAAUUUGACAACAAGAAGUCAGUGCACUGGUGGAGCGAAGAAAUCGCUGCCCUGCGGAGAAGCGCCAUAGCUGCCCGUAGGCGUUAUCAGCGAGCAGGCCGAAGAGCGGGCAUGGAGGGCAGAGGCGAUGCCUUCGAGGAAUACAACAACGCAAGGAAGACGUUGAGACUCACUAUCCGUCGAGCACAAGAGACCAGCUGGCGAGAGUUGUGCAAGUCGGUCGACGACGAUCCCUGA